AUGUUUCCAGUCUCACUUGCAAUUAUUGGUCUUAAUGGUGCACUUACCAGACAGGAUACUCCAUCAACUGACAAGAUCCAAUAUAUCAAAACCGAAAUCAAUUCUGAAACUGUCGAUUCCAUUGCUGAAUCUUUAGCUAGUGUUGAUGUUAUUGCCGAGUUAGUUGCAUCUAACCCAGUGUUAUUCGCUACCUUGGAAAAAGUUGCUGAUAAAGUUGAGCCAAAGUUAUACAUUCCAUCACAAUUUGGUUCCGACUUUGAAGUGGUUAAUAAGAUCCUUCCUGGGUUCUUACAAUUUAAGGUUCAACACACAGCAAAUCUUAGAAGUUUGGGACUUAAAACUGUGGAUGUCAUCACUAAUUAUUUCGCCAAACCUGGUGCUUUCUUGUAUGAACAUGUCACGCAUGUUGGUAUUGAUCCAAAUGACAAUACCGUCUUUCAAAUUGGGGAUUUAGACACAAAGUUAUCAUUCACCAGGGUAGAAGAUAUUGGAAGUGUCGUUGCUGCUGUUGCCACCACACCGGUUGACAAACUUCCAAACACUGUCAAGGUUCAGUCUGGUGUGAUUUCCUAUAAAGAAUUAAUUGAGAUCUAUGAAGCUAAACAUAAUGUCAAAUUAACCAUCAAGGAAAAGAUUACUAAGGAAGAAGGUAAGAAGCUAGCAAAGGAAAAGUUGAAUGCUGGAUUCAAUCCAAAGGAUUUCACAUUUUAUUUACAUGUUCUUGGUGCUUAUGGUCUUGAAUAUGAUAUCAACCAUAAUGAAUUACUUAAUCCAAAUGAAUCAGUUUGGAAAUGGCAAAAAUAUUAUAUUCUAAUUCUUAUAUAUAUAUAUUGA